GGUGUGGUGAUGAUGUCACAGAUAAGGGCUCUAUCUCGCCAGGCUUUGUCAAAGUCUCUGGAGCUAGUGACAGCUGACUCUGUCAAGGUGACUCAAGGUCGUUUGGUCAAUGACACACCACGACCCCUGGUUGUACUUCUAUCAUGGAUGUUAGCCCAGAAGAAACAUAUUAACAAGUACUGUGAGUUCUAUGUCAACCGAGGCUGCAAUGUGUUGACCAUCAGCAUUACUCCUUGGCAGCUGCUGUUCCCAGUCACUGGCAGUCAGGUGGUGGCAGACGAAGUACUGAGUUUCCUUGAUCAGAACUCCACAAACGAACCCCUCUUUGUCCAUGGCUUCUCCGUUGGGGGUUAUGUUUGGGGAGAGGUUAUGGUGAAGAUGAAACAAGAUCUUGAACGUUACGAGCACAUAGUCAACAGGUUUGUCGACACAUUGUACAAUGCACUUUAUUAA